AUGAGAGGCAUAGCAUCCUGUUACAACGAGCAUGCUAUUAGAGUGUCUGAUUCAUAUUGUUCGAGGCCUUCAAACCAGGCCUAUCUUUGCCCAAAACUGAACCCUUCCACCAGAGAUUCAAUCACCUGCAUGUACAAAAUCUCAAGGCAAAAACAACUCUUCAUCACACUAACUUGGACCAAAAAACUCUUAGGCCAAGGCUUCACCAUAACCAUCGCCAACUCCGACCAUUCUCCCUCCAAAUUCAACGCCAGAGAAUUGAAAAAACCCAUAGGCAACGAAAUAUUUCAAUCCCACAAUUUCCAAAUCCAAGUCCUCUGGGAUCUGUCCAACGCCAAGUACGAGGAUGGGCCAGAACCGGCUAAUGGGUUUUACGUCGUCGUUUUGGUGGACUCCGAACUGGGCCUACGCCUCGGCGACGAAAACCCCUCAAUGGAAGAAUUAUCAGACACAAAGGAAGCGAAUUUCUCGAUGGUUUCAAGGAGUGAGACGUUUUCCGGAACUUCGGUUUACGGAACGAAGGCUAAAUUUUGCGAGACGGGAAUUUCUCACGAUAUAUUGAUAAAGUGCGGCGCGGAAGAAGGAGCGUCGAAGGGUCACGUGUUGUCCGUGUGCGUGGACAAGAAGACAAUGUUCCAGGUGAAGAGGUUGCGAUGGAACUUCCGCGGCAACCAAACAAUUUUUGUGGAUGGUUUGGUCGUGGAUAUGAUGUGGGAUGUGCAUGAUUGGCUUUUCAAUCCCAAUUCUGCCUCUGCAGUGUUCAUGUUCAAAACGAGGAGUGGCCUCGACAGUAGAUUAUGGUUGGAGGAGAAAACUUUGCACGCCCUCAAGGAACAGGACAAAAUAGGUUUCUGUUUGGUGAUCUGUGCAUGUAAGAACCUUGAUUGA